AUGGUGCAAAUGACAAGACAAAACGUGGAUAAGAUGACUGGCGAGGAGUUGAUGGCUCGUUGGAGAAAAAUGACACCAGGUGACAUCACCAAUGCAGUGGAAGAAUACAGGACAUCUGCUGGUAUUAAUCGAGUUCAAAAUGAUCAUUAUUAUGAGGUCGGAUGCACUUAUUAUUUCGACACCAGCGACUACUCUCAGGGGAAGAAGUCCACCGCUGGAUACAAAUUCUGUUGUGAGAUGCUCAACUAUUGCAUGUGGUACAAUCAGUCGUGGUUUCAUUGGUUGAUGGGAGUGAUUGCGUUCUUGGUUCUGGUCACUUGCAUCUGUAUUUCUGUCUGUUGUUGCUGUUGUAAUGGAAGAAAUAGUUCUGGAAAAGAUGUGGAGGAGGAGAGUGAGAAAGAGAAGAUUGAGAAAUGA